CAGUUGAAGCGAGUUCGCUCGGGAACACAAACUGUCAGAUACGAGUUUACUACCAGCAGCGACGAGUAUAGUGUUCUCGUUCAUUGUACAUGGGAAUUGUGAGAGUAGUAAUUGUGUAGUAACGAGAGAGAGAUAACGACUGUGAUAACGCGCGGUGGGAGCGAAUAAAUAUACUUGGUGAAUGAAUUGAGAUUAGCGAGGCCAAUAUCUCUGAGAGGCUUUGCGAGAGAGGCAGUGAUUGAACAAAAUUAUUGUUGCGAAUCACGACAAGCAUGGUCAAACUCACACGCGCAUACAAACACGCAUAGAAGAAAAAGAGAGAGAGAGAGAGAGAGAGAGGAAAAGAGACAGAGCAAAAAAGGCAGAAUACUCGAGGACUUUGCGAACGAGUCAAAGUGGGUGGAUACACGCUAUUUGUUAUCUUCCCUAACCCGGAGACAUUAUUAAUUCGCAAAACUCAGUCUUAUCCACAAUAUAAAGUGAAAAACAUAGCUUGCCGUCGUUGAGACGCGAAAUUCACUUGAGAUUCGCCAUUUAAGUUCGUGAAUUAUUUUUCGUUUGUUUUUUUUAAGGUUAGAACGUAAACGUAACGAAAAGAAAUGUUCUCAGUGCCAAGAAUACGUGAACCAUUAAAAUUCUUCGAAAUUUAGUAUUUUAUUUUGUUUUUUCAAAGUUCGUUAAGGUUAGAAUCGCGAUUACACCGUAAAUAAUAAUGCACUACGUGAGAAAUGCGAUCGGUGAAAGUGUGCUAGGCGCUGUCUGGUUGGAAUUCAAGUCGUCGCAAAUUUUUUACAACAAUCGCGUCUCUAACGAAAAAUGGAAUUGAUUUCGAGCUUGUGCGAGUUUUUCUACUGUGUUCCCUGAGCUUCGACUCGUGAUCCGUGGUUUUUUCUUGUCUUUUCGUGCAUCGCCUGUGAAUCUCACGGGAUAAAAAAACGCGAAUGUGAAUUCUCGAAGCUCAAGGAUGUGCGUGAGGAUUCCUUCCGUCACAAAAUCUUCGGAAGCUUGAAAAAUCACGUUUUUCUUCAGUGUCCCUGAUAUAAUAGUAGAAAAGAGAAAGAGAGAUAAAUAAGAUAUAUUUAUUGUUCCCAUAAGGAGCGUCAAGGCUUUUCUCGUCAUGCUGUGAAGGAACUUGUUGUACGCUCUCUGAAUUUUCACGAUCCAGGAAGUGCUAGUAAACAAAAAUGGCGGAAGACGAAGGAACAGAAUGGUUGCAGGACCUACUGCGAGACGUUCAGUUGACACAAUUUUUCACAAGAAUACGCGACGACCUUCAAGUGACAAGACUACAUCAUUUCGACUAUGUGCAGCCAGAGGACCUGGAGAAAAUUGGUUUGGGAAAACCCGGAAUUCGCCGGCUCAUGGAUGCCGUUAAAAAGAAGCGAGCAAAUCAAAAAAAGAAAAAUCUCAUUACAAAAAUCCGACCAGGUGGAAGUACAAAGAGUACAAAAAGGUCGUCGCAGCCGAUCGAAUGCGCUUCUGUUCUGACUUGUCUUAUACAAGACAAGGAUGUCACUCUCUCCGUCAAACUUGGUGACGGGAGCUUCGGUGUUGUUAGACGAGGAGAAUGGACCUCGCCCUCUGGACGAACUCUGCCAGUUGCUGUCAAAGUUCUCAAAGCUGAUGCUCUCACACAACCCACCGUCAUAGAGGAUUUCGUGUCUGAAGUUCACGCAAUGCACUCUCUCGAUCACCACAAUCUUAUUAGACUUUACGGAGUUGUACUGUCACAGCCAAUGAUGAUGGUGACAGAAUUGGCUCCUCUGGGUGCAUUGUUGGAUUAUCUUCGGAAGCAAUGUAGUCAUAUAUCGAUAUUGACAUUGUGUGAUUAUGCGUUGCAAGUAGCAACAGGAAUGGCAUAUUUGGAAGCAAAGCGUUUUCUACACCGUGAUUUGGCGUGCAGAAACGUGCUAUUGAGUUCAGCGGACAAGAUUAAAAUAGCCGAUUUUGGUUUGAUGCGAGCAUUGCCACAGCAAGAAGAUUGUUACGUGAUGACAGAGCACAAGAAAGUGCCAUUUCCGUGGUGCGCGCCCGAGUCGUUGAAGGCUCGUCAAUUCAGUCACGCCUCGGACGUUUGGAUGUUCGGCGUGACGUUGUGGGAAAUGUUGACGUUCGGUGAAGAGCCUUGGGUGGGUUUGAACGGUUCGGAAAUCUUGCGUAAAAUCGAUCGAGAAAACGAGCGUUUGCACGAGCCGGAAGCGAGUCCACCGGCAAUGUAUCAAUUGAUGUUGCGUUGUUGGUCACGAGAGCCUGGGGAGCGUCCGACGUUCGCGAGUUUACGCGAAUCCCUGACGGGAAUGGUGCCUUCGGUAAUGAAAGCACUGAACCGUUUCGAGGAACAGGAAAAAAUGACGAUCGAGCAAGGCGAUCAAAUCGUAAUAAUAGACGGUAGACCCGAAAAUUAUUGGUGGAAAGGACAAAAUCAGCGGACUUAUCAAGUCGGAGAUUUUCCGCGAUGUCUGGUCGAUCCGAUGCGACGAAAACAGGCUGAGGACAUCAGCAAACCUCUGGAAAACUCCUUCAUUCACACCGGGCAUGGUGCACCUUUCGGUAAAAGCUGGGGAAGUCCAAUAUUUAUUGACGACGUUUAUCUGCGGAAUCCAAUGGAGCCACCAGACAUCGUAGGCGUCUCGACCCUUGACAACGCUUCGAAGAAGAAGUUCCCUUACGGCAACGCACCGCGUUCUCGCAAACAAUUCAAUUAUACGAAGCUCCAGAAUGAUCUCCGAUCUAGUCCGGUUAAAACCAGUAACGCUGCUUCGAGCGCUCCUUCGGUCAACCAAGAGGGAAGAUUGAUUGAUUUAUCGCCGGAGGAAAUAGCCGCAGCUUCUGGUGGACAAAACGCAACGGCGGGCUGCCUCCGAGUCGUUAAUAUUUUGGACGAACCCAUCGACCCUGCGGCGACUAAUAAUCCUCGGUCGUCUCAAGAAUAUUGGCAGGAAGAUGAUCCAAGAACCUACGCCAAUUUCCCGGGCGGCAUCGAGGCUCCCGGAGCUGCUGACCCUUUCGAUACUUCACGGGUUUUCAUGAAUCCUCCACAUUCGCGUUAUUACAGCCACGUGCCACCGGAUCUGACGAACCAUUAUUACAAACCGCCUAUACAAGCGUACAGAAACGUCGAACCGGUCGACGAGGCUUCGGGCACGAGCAGCCUCGGUGGCCAACCAGCGAAUCAAGCGAAUCAGUACUCGCGCGAUAACUCCGAAAUUAAUCAGUAUUCCAUUAAUUUAAAAAAGGACAUUAGAAGCGAAAAUACUAAUUUAAAUCUGAACGUUGAGGCACCCGUCGAAGAUUCUUAUUCGGGAGAUCAUUACAGCGAAAUUGACAGACCGAGUUCCACGAACUUAUCGAUUUGGCCAGAAGAUUUACCGGAGGAAGCGAGCGAGGCUUACGCCAAUAUUUCAAGUCGUCCAGCGAGUGGCGUCACUCCGCCUCCGCCCCCGCCCCCGAUCGGUCCGAACGAAACUCCUCCAAAGCCAAAAUCGAAUCACGAUCUUGCUCAGAGUCUCAACGAAUUAUCAAUCGAGACAAGGCCGCGCGGGGAAUCUCCGAAGAAGCUCGAUCCCGCUUUUCUCGCCGAGCUCGAGAAGCAUCUCGGUGAAAAAGAGGCUUGUAAGAACACGAAUGCCAACAAGCAGGUAGCCCAAACUGCCAACUCCGGGGCGACGUACGCGUCGGUCAGUAAAUUGCACGAAUCGACGGAAAUUCCGAUGUUGAGACCGCCCCCGCAAGUCUCAAAGCCAAGAUCGCCCCAAUCGGAUGCCCGGAACUCCACGACUCUACCGAGCAAAGUACAAAAUUCUUGGCAAUCUAAAAGCACCAAUAUACAAAGACCCCAGAGCCAAUUGGGCCAAAACUCUGGUGGGAACGUCGUCGAAGCCACGACCGACGUUAUCGUCGGACAGAUGUGGCAGCAGUCCCAAGCCAACGUAUUUCCGGCGGCGUCGAACUUCGUAGGGCAGCAUCAACUUCUCCAGCCCGUUUCUUCCAGCUCCUCUUCGAUAAGGCCUUUCCCAGGAAGUUCAAACUUGUUGCAAAUUGCGCCGAGCAACCUCGCCCAGUCGGUAGUCAAAUCUGACAACACUCAAUACGCGCAGGCCCCGCAACCGGAAUCGAACGUCCACCACCAAGCAGCUUCCUCUUCUGCCUCGAGUUUUCCUUACUUUCCACCCCCGAGCCAGGCUCAGCAUCAACAGAAUUACGCUUUUCCCCCCCAGCCCCAAAAUCUCGCUCACAAUAUCGUUUCCCAAGUGCAGAACGACCUCCAGCAUUCCCAGAACGCCCCCAGAUCCGGAACACUUCCGAGACCAACGCUCGCUUCCGGCGCUGUCCUUUCCGAGCAGGUUUACGCUGAGCUUAAGCAGAAAGUACCGAAUCUCGAGCAGUUAUCCCAGAGCGAAUUCAACACCCUGUACAACAAAACUGUUCAGCAAAAUAUACUGCGAAAUUAUCACGCGAACAACGCCUCCUCGAGCGGCGCUGCCGCCUCUGUUAACUCCUCCUCCAGCCCGAAUCGCAAUCACACGAUUUAUCAGAGCCAGCAUCAAAUUACGAAUGGCAAUCAGUCCCAGUCGAAUGUACGUCAGAAUCAAACUUUGCCACGUAAUUACGGACUCCAGGAUCAUCCUUGUGACUUCAGUCCCAGUUUGAAACAACCGCCGGUGUACAAUCCCCCGCCAGCUUGGAGCCCGAUGAAACCUCAACAAAAUGGCUUCGUUCCGAACCAACAAAUCACAACGAAAAUCAAUGCCCCGCCCAGCCAAACCGGCAGUCCGAAUCUCAUGCAAUUCACACCGACGAGACCGUCUCAUCAGGUCGCCUCGACUUCCCAAUCCACAGCAGCACGAAGUUUACUCCCACAGAUGAAUGAGACCGUUGUUAACACGCAAUUGGCGCCUUCCCCGACCGCCUACCCCUCCGGUGCGAGUCCACCUCUCACCGGCGCUUCGCAACAAUUGGUCAUGUCCCUGAACGACGAAUUUCGCGAAAGCAAAGUACUCAAGGUACAAAUGGAUGCUGGCGAUGCUACGAGACAAGAAAUAUUGGCUGCCCUUCAAGCAACUGGCUGGGAUACUAAUCAAGCUGCUAAACAAAUCAGCAAGGACAGACAAGCCAAAAUCGAUUCCCUCAUAAGAUUGGGAUUGGCGAACAGAACUCAGUGCGAGGGAGCGCUGAAGCAAACGCAGUACGACGUGGAGCUCGCGGCUUCGUUGCUUCUAGACCGAAUAAGGUGAACUUAGAAGUUGCCUGGUUUCGAUUAUUGAGUUUCCGCCGAAUAGCUGGAGUGCCGAUCAACCUCAAUGGACAGAUCUGUGUGUAGCCGCACCUAGAAGAAUACUGCAAACGAAAGAAUUUAGAAUAAAGUCCCUGAACUCGAAAUGCAAACAGACAGAAAACAGGGUUUUCUUUUCUGUCUCUUCGAUUGAUUCUCGUUUUACGUUUACAUCCUGAUCAACGAGAGCCGGUAAUGCGAGAUUAUUUUUAAAUUCAGAUCGUAUUUCAACGGGCGCACUCAUAUUCCUAGCGAAAAGUUUCGUCCUAAGAAUUUUCGUAUCCACUCGUCAAUUCGACAAACUCGAAUGAAAAUCUUGAUUCUCAAGGAAAGAAAUUUUUGGCUCGGAAUCUACGUGCAUUAAUCGCCUAAACGAUAAACAAGAGGAAUCUCGUCGUAGAUCACUACUCAGUAGUAAAUAUUCGCGUAAUAAUAUACGUAAUCAAACUUUAAUGAAAAAUGAGAGUUCUCAGUAAACGAUUUGCAAAUUGAGAAAAAUGUUCUAUUGAAUGAGACACUGUGAUAUAUGCUACUAAAGGCUCUGGUCUCUUUUUCCCCAGAGGAUGUUAGUCCUUCGAUAUUAUUAUUAUUAUUAUUAUUAUCUCUUAAUCUUCUGCGAUAUAUCAACGAAUAUGCGAUACACACAAUAUUUGUUAAGGGUGUAAAUAAGUGCAGGACUAUUUGAUUUUGUGUUUCAAUUGGAAGCAGCGAAAUUUCGAUUGUUAUUUUUCGUGAUUAUCUUUUUCGUAAUAACGAAAGACUAGAAGAUUACGAUUAUUCACGGGGAGUAUAAAAAUUCCCAGGACUUUAUGAGCUCUCGCCAUGAAAAACCGUUCAUACCCUUAUACUUUCGUUUCGUCGGUCAUACAUUUUUUUUAAAUUAUUUUUUUAGGCUCCCAAAAACUCCAAAGAAUCUUUCCAUUCUUUCGGAAUUUUUUUUUUAUAAAUUUUUCCUUUGUUUAGAGCACAAUAUCGAGUAUUAUUAUUUUAUUUAUUGUCUCGAAAAUCUAUCGUAUUCCUAACGUUAUUUUCAUGCCUCGAGAGCAGCUUUUUCGUUUCUGUUUCCAAGGAAAUUGGAAGCUUUAUGCAAGCUGCUCUCAAGGAUUUUUCUGUUGGGAAUUUCGAAAUUUUCGAAUUGAAAUUAAUGCCCCCAGAGAUUUUUAGUGGAUACUUCUCCGUUAUUUGUUCGGUGAUAAUGCAAUAGAUUUUUCGUUCAAAUAUCAAUUGCAUGGCAAUUAUAUUAUGCAUUUGGAAAAACACUGAAUUAUCGGCUCAUUCUCAUUUCUGUUUAUUUCAUUCAUUAGUCAAAAUAACAACGGACAUUUGUCCUGUGGGCGAUCUUGUUACGAAUGGACUUGAACGGGUACGAUAUUUUCUUUCGAAAUGUCAACAGAUUUUGAAUGAGAAAAUGACCAAUUUAUUGGUGUUUUUUUUUUUGGAAUUCUAAUCGAACUCAUAACUUUUACUACAUUUGAAUGAAAUUCAAUUACAAAAAUCUUACAUUUGCAUAAAAUUUUUUUACCAAAAAUAGAUAUUAAAUCAUUUUUUCCAUUUUCAAUCUAUGCGUUCAAGGAAAUGUGACGAAAAAAAGUAUCGUCCACGGUCGUUUCUUCCGGAAGCUCCGCUUAAGCUCAAGUAGACUCAAUUACGAUUCAUUUAUUCGAAGGAUGAAGGACACUGUUAUUGUAACGUUAUUUGGUAAGAUGCCGUAUUUGAUUUUGCGUCGUUGAUUGAAUGUUAUAACGAGAACUGUGAGUGCAACAUAAUAUGGAAAAAAAAAAAAAAAAACAACAAAAUACAUCACAUUAAAGCGUGAAA